GAAUUCAUUAUUCUAGUAGUCGAAUUUUGUAUCCAUCUCUUAUACUAAUCUUGAUUUAUUCACUUUUUUAGGAGUGGAUGCUGUUUUGUUUUUAUUCUACCCUCAAUGUGAUUCACAAUUUGACGAAGAAAAAGACGUAAUAAAUUGAUACUAUACACUACAGAGACGAUGGCUGAUUUUUUUAAUGAUACGUGGGAUAUUUCCAUGAGUGUAAUUCCUGAUUUCAAUAACGAUUCUAAAACUGGAAAUAGUUUUCUGCAGAAACAGUCAUCGCAUUGCUCAGCGGCGAGAGGAGAUAAUUCAUUUUUUGGUUUAUCUGAUAACGUUCGUGCCUUGAUUUUAAAAUACAAAGGAAUUGAAAAACUUUACGAAUGGCAAGAAAAGUGUUUGAAUUUGCCAGCAGUCAAGAAGAGACAAAACUUGGUGUAUAGUUUACCUACUAGUGGCGGUAAAACAUUGGUCGCUGAAAUUCUUAUGCUUAAAGAAUUGAUAUUGCAUAAAAACAAUGUGAUAUUUGUUCUUCCUUUCGUUGCUCUCGCACAAGAAAAGGUCCAUUCAUUAUCACCAUUCGCUUUGGAUUUGGAAUUUUAUGUAGAAGAAUACAUCGGAGGGAAGGGAGUUUAUCCUCCAAAAAAACAUAGAAAAAGAUCUGUCUAUGUUUGCACUACCGAAAAAGCUGCUGGAUUAAUCGAGAGCUUGUUGGAAACAAAUAGGUUGGAUGAAGUUGGUAUGUUGGUAAUAGAUGAGGUUCACUUGAUUGGUGAUGCCUCCAGAGGACCAGUUUUGGAAAUGAUGCUUAGCAAAUUGAUGUAUGUAUCAAAAAAUAUGCAUAUAAUUGCAAUGAGCGCCACAGUGGGAAAUUUGAAUGAAAUUUCUCGUUUUUUAAAUGCUCAAUUAUACAAUCACGAUUUUCGUCCCGUUGAGUUGAUCGAAUACAUGAAGUACGAAAACAAGGUUUUUCGAGUUGAACGAAAUUCCGAGAAAGGCUGCAAUAUUGUUCAAGAUCGCGUACUCGUCGAAAAUUAUACUCCCGAAAUGAAAAAAAUCGAUCCAGCUUUUCUCGGAUUAUUGGUUCAUGAAGUUAUUCCUGAUGAUUCUUGUUUAGUUUUUUGCUCCACGAAAAAACUAUGUAGCAGUUUUGCGAUAUUAAUAUGUCGAAUUUCUAUGAGACCUUUACGUGAAAUCAAAGUCCAAGAAAAAAAGGCGUUGCUUGAAACAAUGCAAGAAGAAAAUCAAGGAAACGUUGAUGAAAUUUUGAAAAAAACUAUACCUUAUGGAGUUGCAUUUCAUCAUUCAGGAUUGACAAAUGCUGAAAGAAAAUUACUGGAAGAGGCUUUUAUUUCGGGAACCAUUUCAUGCAUAUGUUGUACAUCUACCCUGGCAGCAGGUGUCAAUUUACCAGCGAAAAGGGUAAUAAUAUCUUCCCCUUAUGUUGGCAUGGAUUUUCUUAAACUGAGCACGUACAAACAAAUGAGUGGAAGAGCAGGAAGAACUGGAUUAACGAGUGCUGGAGAGAGUUUCUUACUAUGCGAGGAACGAGAUAUGUCAAAAGUACUUGAGUUAUUGAAUUCUUCUAUGAAUUGCUGUAAUAGUCAACUGACGAGAAAAAAUUUCGUGAAUUUAACGAUGGGAGCAAUUGGAUUGAAAAUCGCCACAACCCUAUGUGAUUUAGAAAAACUAUAUAGCUGUACGUUGAAUGUCAUUCAAAAUGAAUCUAACGAUAUAAAACAAACAGUUAUUCAAUCAGUGAAUGAUUUGGAUGACUCUGAAGCCAUAAUUAAAAAAGAAAAUGACAAAUUUUGCUUAACUUCGAUGGCAAAAGCUGCACAAGCUGCUAAUUUGGAUAUCAAUGAAGCAAAGCAAAUCUAUAAAGACUUAUUUGAAGCUGUCGAUAGUGGUCUAUUACUUUCGAAUAAUUUGCAUUUGUUCUAUUUGAUAACUCCGUACACGGCCAUAGAAGAUGUUAGACUUGCCAGAGAUGUGUACAUUUCAGUGUGAAUUAAAUCCUAUUCAAAAAAAAGUAGCGGGUCGUAUUGGAAUCACGGAAGUUUGUUUGAUUCAAUAUGAACGUGAUGGAAAAGUGAAGGCGAUUUCAGAAAACGUGU